GCGCUGGCGUCUGGCGUAGUGGGUGGUCGUAUAGAGGUGGCGGGGCCGAUAUAUUGCGUAGGUAUGUUACUUUGGAAUUGCCGACUGGUCUUGGUUAGCAGUGUUCUCUCUAUCUGCUAUUCUCCGUUGGUUCAAGGGAAAUGGAGCCUGAACGCAAUUCAAAGUGAAAGACGCCGAGGAAGGGAGAAAGAAACACCCCGAGACAGCGCAAGACCCGGACGAGCUGAGCAUUCGUUUCCAGUUGCAUGCGAGGCCGCACCCUUGUCGAUUUUAGCUGGGCACUAUAAUCGGUGGGUGGUUUGGUCAGCGCGUUGCGUGCGUCGACAGCUGCUCAACGAGCCACCUCACGGUCACGCAAGCUAGUUGCCGUUUCCCCAAUUAAGACGUUGGGAAGCCGACGGGCAUGUCUGGUGGCUCGCCCUAGUGCUGCUCUGCACGUCUCCUCGUGCUCACUCUGGUCGUCUUGUGGUCGUCUGUGGCACUUGUCUGUCUGCGUGCGCUGUCCCGAGAGGGAAGAGGGUGGUGCAAUUGGUGACAGUGGUGGCGGCAACAUUGAGAGCCGGAUGAGACGCUUCACUUACCCUGCUGCGUGGCGGAUGUAACGAUUGAGCGUCGCAGUGGCGAAAAGAGG